GAUGAUGGAGGCAAGUCCUCAGUUGAGGUCCCUCUUUCCGUGUCUGUCUCGGUUUGUCUCAAGUUGACAGCAAGCUUUUGAGGUACAAUUUGACGUGGCAUAAGCGGCAGCUUGGCUGCCGGCUGUUGUCCCAGAAUCCCCUCCUGCAACUCCUUCCAUGCGGUGGUUGGCACUGUCCUUGCCCAGCAGGGAUCCCUGGACCCCACUCCGACCAUCAGUCGAAGAGGAUGCUCUGCAGCCCUGCAGUUGGUGUUGGCUGAGAUCCCUGCACUACACUUUAGUCUGCAGCUGCUAUAUCCCAGAAGACACAAACAUUACGAGCGGUAUUUGAAAAUGCCGGAUCCACACGUGAGUGACAUGGUUACAACAAUCACGGCCCCUGAAAGGAAGGAGCCAGCAAAACCAUGAUGGUACAUUAUCCAAGGAGAGCCAUCUUUGUGGGGCUUGCUCCCAAAAGUGACACGCCUGGAAAGAUGACGGCUGACUCUUCUGGCCUCCGCUGGAAACCAGGCACACUCACACACCAUCAGUGGCUUGAGUUUCACUCUGAGAUGGCCUAACGCUGCAUCCAUAACUUCACCCCAGAUGCUUGACUGAUCACCCUGGAUGGCCCAACCAGGACCCUGCAAGGCCUCUGCAAAGGUAGGUUAGGUGGACAACGGGGAGGGGGGGGGAGUGUUAGGAGGGCUAUUUCUUUGGGCCAAAGCAGCUAGUCAAACUGGGAGGAGCCAGGCAGGACCUCACUGCCUCUGGGAGGUGAGACCUUGUCAGUGCAGACCCCCCGCCCCCCCCCCCCGUUACUAAUGAGACCACGCGAACUGAGGGUGCACGCGGAAAAGGUGCACACCACCGCGGGACACCGCUUCCCCACCCCGGUGGCCCCGGGGUGUCCGGGGUCUCGGCUGGCGGCACCCUGCUCUCCGCCCAUGGGCGGAGCCCUCCGCGAGACCUCGCCCGCCCCGGAACGCCGGCUCGCCAGGUCCGCCGUGGAGGCCGCGGGUCUCAGCGCCCCCGCGGUGCCAAGCCUGCUCCGCCAUGCUCCGCGCCCUGCCCCGCGCGCUGCGCCUCCCGCGCCCCUGGAGGUCCCCGGCGGCCCGCGGCCGCGCCUCCCACGCCGCGAUCGGGACACCCGAGAUCCGAGUGCACCCGCUGACGGGUCCCGACCGAGGAAUCACUGAGAUUCUGAUGAACAGACCUCAUGCCCGAAAUGCUCUGGGGAACGUGUUCGUUAAUGAGAUGCUGGACGCUCUGGCCCAGCUUCGGGAGGACCAGCAGGUCCGCGUGCUGCUCUUCAGAAGUGCAGUGAAGGGUGUGUUUUGUGCAGGUGCAGACCUGAAGGAGCGGGAGCGGAUGAGUCCCGAGGAGGUGGAGAUCUUUGUCAGGCGCCUCCGAGGCCUGAUGAGUGAGAUCGCAGCCUUCCCUGCACCCACCAUUGCGGCCAUGGAUGGAUUUGCCCUGGGCGGGGGUCUGGAACUAGCCCUAGCCUGUGACCUUCGAGUAGCAGCUUCCUCAGCCGUCAUGGGGCUGAUUGAGACCACUCGAGGACUCCUCCCCGGGGCAGGAGGGACUCAGAGGCUGCCCCGCUGCCUGGGUGUGGCCCGGGCAAAGGAGCUCAUCUUCACAGGCCGGAGACUGGAUGGGGUACAGGCCCACGAGCUGGGCCUGGUGAAUCACGCUGUGGCUCAGAAUGAGGAGGGUGAUGCCGCCUACCACCGCGCACUGGCACUGGCUCAGGAGAUCCUGCCCCAGGCUCCCAUAGCGGUGCGCCUGGGCAAAGUUGCCAUUGACCGAGGAAUGGAGGUGGACAUUGCGUCAGGGAUGGCUAUCGAACACAUGUGCUACGCCCAGAACAUCCCAACCCAGGACCGGCUAGAAGGGAUGGCAGCCUUCAGGGAGAAACGACCCCCAAAAUUUGUCGGCAAGUGAUCCAAUUAACUUUGAGCACACACCAUAAAGCCUAAGAUCCAGAGGAAAAGUCUGCAGCAGGCUAGACCUCUUGGCUCACCUCUGGCCUUGAGUUGUAUCACAAGGACAAUGCCAGGCAUUGUUCCUAGAGCCAAGGUGCUGACCAGUUCACUCACUGCCACCUCCCAGGUUGCUCACCUCGGCUAGUCACUGGGAUGGAGGCCUGCCUGGUUCUCCUCACUCAAUUAACCUUUGGGUCCAUGUCACUGGCUCUGAUCACCAUGGAACAGCAAGCCCUUGUUUCUUUCUCGCAUAAAAUAAACCUAUCCAGGUUUAUCUGAACAAGCUUCAGGAGCCAGGCCACAGAUUCCAGCUCUCUGUAGAUAGCUCAGGGGAACUCUGGACAAACCAUUUAACUUCUCUAAGCUUUCUGUAUCUGGAACUCAGUUCUGACAACGUAAAAUCCUUGUGUUCAAUAAACACUCUGCAACUGUUA